AUGGUGUUUUCCAAAUUCGAUUCAUUGUCUGUUCGCCCUCCCACUCCGCCCAAACAUCUCCACCCCAACGCCGACGGACAAGACAUCGACGAGACGCUGCAAUUCCUCGACGACCCUUUCGGCGACAGGCCUCUGCCCCCCCAAGUUGCGGCAACCAAGGCUGUGCUGAGCACCCCCGCGCAAUCUCCCUCUUCUGAUAUCAGCGUCCCUCCCUCGAGUUCUGCAAGCCGACGAAAGAGGGUCAACUUUGAGUUGCAGACAUGUGCUAUUCCAACCAACAACGCCCUCACAAAGGACUGGACCCCGACACGUAGCUCGCCGCUACGCCCACUUCCCCAGACACGCGUGUCGUUGCCGCUCAAGUCGAUACUAAAGCCCUCGGACGGCACCUCAACCCCUCCUCCAGCCGACGCAGGAGCCGCGGCGCACAAAUUCAAGACCUUCGCCGAGAUGCUGGAAUCAAUAGUGAAGCUGCUGGCCUCGGCGGAUCGUCCUUCGAGACUGGACGCAUACCACUCGCUGCAGAGGACAAUGCAGGCUUACGACAAGGUGCCAGACGCUCACGCUCUCCAGCAAAAGAUGACGCUGUUGACCCAGUUCAUUCGACGAGAUGUGCAGGCCCAAAGCCCUACAGGAGCUGGACUGGACUCGCAGCUCAUUUCCCAGGCCCUGAAGCUGCUCAUGGCCCUGCUCCGUAUCCCCGACCUGACUUCUGCCAUGGACGACGAUUUCUGCUCCUUCAUCGCCGACCGUAUCAUCAUAGUCGCCAGUGACAGUACGAUGCCCAAGUCUGUCGUCAACGCUCACCUGGCUGUCUGCAUGCAACAACAUUUCAGGCCAAAGACCAUGACGAUUGCACGUGUCGAGAAGAUUCUGGAUUCACUCGACACAAUCCACGAGCGUGUCACUGGUUUUUCUGUGCUAGCGUAUAGGAUUCGCAUCUACAAAAAACUUGUCCAGCAACGUCCAGAUGUGAUGAUCAAACACGCCGAACGCUGGUUCAAGCUUACAGUCAAGGCCUUGGUAGCAAGCCAAAAGGACACCAACCAAAGCGCGCUGGACACUUGCCUGGCUGCAGUGAAGACAAUUGGUCAUGACCGUCAUGUUGCCAAGUCUGUUCUGAACGUUCUCAACCGUACACGAAGCGACGGCGAGACCUUGGCCAAGGUCCUAAUCCAAGAGUUGGACAGGAUGCUCACGGGAGAAAAUGCCGUCAUAGUGCCUCAGAUCUGGUCCGCUGUCACCGCACUGUUGCGUGACUCUCUACACAGCCAGUUGUUCUCCGCUCUCAAGGAGUGGCUGAUGCUCUUUGAAAGAUGCCUCAAAUCUCCAAAGGAAAUGGUCAAGGUGCAUGCAAAUGUCGCCUUCUGCUUUCUGAUCUAUGCAGUAAAUCUUGGCCCAAACACGGCUUCUAGUUGGACGUCCAUGUUCUCGAGCAUUCCUUUGCACCAGAUUCAGCAACCUAUUGCGACUAGGAAAGCCGAACGAGACGCGACAACCUCCGGAUACAUGACGCUGCUCUACUACGCAUUACGCCCGACGGCCUCCUAUGAACAGCUGGACAGGUACUGGACAGAAUUUGUCGCCAAUUUCUGGGCUCCCCUCAUUCAUUCGUCAUCAUCUCGGCACCCUGCUGCCGCGUGUCGAGUCGUUACCGCCCUCUUGAAUGGCUCACGAAAACCUUGGAAUGAGCACCGAGCUCUCGAUUUGCGACCAUCAUACAUGACUCAGCGCGCUGAGCUGCCUCUGCUCGAUCCUAGAUGGGUACGAAAAUCGCUUUUGCUGAUACUGAGAUUUGUGGAAACACUACUAGAAGCAACGCCUUGGUCUGAAAAGGAACAACAGGAGGAUGAGCCUGUGAGGACCAUGUGGCUGGCUGUUCUGAGCUCCUUGUUAGAGGCGAGCAGCAAGGAAAUCAUGGCUUCCAGUGAAACCAAAGAUGCCAUCGCGCAAAUCGUGAACCUGCUCAGGCGGGUCUGGGAUAGCCACACUGCUAAGCUAGCUGUGCCGCAACAAAAGGAAGACCUAUGGGCGAAGAAGUUCUGUUUCCUUAUUGAAUCAGUUGUACAGAAAUUUGGAGCUUCCCAAUUUUCCGAGAAAAACCUUACACGGAAUAGCGACAAUGACUUUGAAGUUGCAUCAACACCAACACAUCGCGCACGACAACAAGGGGCACGAACCUCACCUCUACUGUACUUCACUGACCUUUUGCUCAAUCAGUCCGAGGCAAAGCUAUCGGACUCUGUGCGGAAUCGCGCAAUGGAGUUGAUACUAAAGCCCUGUUUUGAUGCUCAAAAGACGCGUCUGAGCCGACUAGAAUUGCUCCGCGAUUGCGCCUCAACUGUGGAUCCUGCAUUGCAAACUGCAGUUGCAGAGACAUUUUGGUCUCAGACCACACAACUCCUUCAUGCCUCAAUCGAGGAGUCAGUUUCCGACCUCAGCGAACGGGGGUUUAGAUCGUACGGUAAAGAGUAUGAGGCCGUUGUCGAGCUGCUUAGCCUAGCAUCAGCAUUCGUAACGCAUAGCCCUAGAGGUGAAGAAGUUCUGUCCGCAUUCAUCAAUACUGUCCGGCGUGAGACAGGAGAAGGGGCCGUCAUUUUGGCUGUAAUUGAGCCGAUUUCUGAACGCGUCAUCAAGCGCAUGGCAGAGGAAGACAAAACCUCCUGCCUGCCCUUCGUAACGCUGCUAUUGAAGAACCUCCCUAGGCAGAUGAGCCGGAGGAUUUUGGAGCAGGGCCGUCAGCUUUUGUGGCCUUCUUCUCCUGCAACAGGACGUACCACAGACUUCGAUCCCUACAACCACCUUUACACAGCCAUUGUCACCGUUGGAUCCGCUGCGUACCGAGACUUGGAUCGGACAGGUGCUGAAUACACCAGAACUUUCAUCGCUGCGUUGCAUGCAUGCAUCCAGCAGUGUUCGACUUCACAUCUUGCUGUCUACUUGCGCAAGACUCAGCAAGUACUCAACCUAUGGCAAGAUAUCUGCAAGGCUAUUGCUAGACUUCCGCGUAAAGAUAGCCAGAUUCUUCUUCACUUGGAAACCUUGAUUACUUCGGGGUUCCUGAGCAGACGUCGAGGCAUCGUCAAUACCUCGAUUGCGACGUGGAACGAGACCUUUGGCAAGGAAGAGCAUCUGCGGUAUCCCACUGGUCUCGAGAGGGCUCUACGCCGGUUGCGUAAUCACGUGGACCUUGAAUUGCCCUCGCUAGAUGUGCGCAAAGACGAAUCCGACGAGGACCCUACGUUUUACGACUCGGACGCUAGCGUCGACGACAUCAAAACUACCUUGAAAAGCUCUAGAGUCAAGGGCUCACCAUUCAGAAUAUCAAAGCCGGCGCGGAAGUCCAUGUCUCGAUCUCCGGCCAUACCUACCCCGGGCAGUAGCAGGAGAGUCACACGAAAUACACCGAAAGUGCGAUUACUCCAUAAUGAUUCUCAGAUACAGUUCGAGCCCAUUCUCUCCUCGCCUUCCAAUCCUUUUGACCAAGAAUCUCAAUUGCUUACUGAGCGUCAAAGAGAUAUGAUAGAGCGCCAAAGGCUGAAAACAGGUCUGUUCGCUAACAUGGGGGCAAACUCCCCUCUGCAUGAUGAGAUUGCAUCUCCGAUGGAACUCCACUCGGAUGCUCCUAGUGCAGUAGAUUCCAUGAGCCAUGCCUCUCGAACGACGCCCUCGAAGGCUUUGGCAACCAUGGGUCCUGUGGAUACAUUUUUAGGGUCUUCGCCAACGCCACAUGCACGAAAAAGUAGACAAGACUUUCAGCAGAGUGAUGCGAUCAGUGUUGCGACUCCAACUGCCGAGCGUUCUGUCGAUUUCGCGCCAGACAACAAUCUCGGAUCUUCUCCGCCUAGAUUCGACAAGAUCGAGGAUUCGAUGGCAGACGACCAGAUAACCCCGGAUGUUCUCGUGGGUUCCAGCUUUGACUACCGACAACCAGAAAAUUUGCCAUCAUUUGACGAAGGAACAACAGUAGACGAAGAGGCAUUACUUGCAGCCGAAAGCGAGAUAGCACGUCUUUCUGACAUGGAUCAUUCUGAAGACACCAUCAUGUCUCAACAGCCUAGCUCAAUGAUCGACUUGGAACUUACUGCGCAAAUCGCCGCCGAGCGGCAAGCACAAGAUAUUGGCUCUGCAGAGGAACUGGCGCCAGAGUCUAUGAACACCUUCGUCGAUGCUGCAUCCCACCAGCCGUCUCACAACAUUGAUGAUCUUGAGGGUGACGAUACAGAACUGGAAACUAGCAGUACCAGCCGCGUGAAUGAUUCCUUCAUUAAAUCUCCCGCGAAGAGCACCCCAAGACCAGAGAAACUCCGACGCUCAGCCAGACACUCCGUAACACCCAGCCCAGCUCAAUCCACCAAUGGCAAGAAACGCAGCCGAUCAUCAGGCAAGAAGGGCAAGAAGGGAGUAAUGGAAAAGAAGGAGGAACCGGUCGUUGAGUCUGAAUCUGCCCAGCCGGAUGGUGACGACAUGCUCGAGAGCAUUGUUGUUGCCCCGACAAAGAAACCCACCUUCGCCUCUCCAAAGUCACAACAAAAGGGAAGGAAAAGGAAGUUUAUGGGUGACCCCGAAUCGCCAGCACAUGUCGUGGUUCCAGAAACAGGCCGCAAGCCUGGUAUGAUACGACGCUCGCAAUCACUCUUAAAUCAAGUUCAAAAUUCCCAAGACUACUUGGUUGAAGAUACACCAGUCCCCAAACGAGCACGAGGCAGUCAAUCCCAGGACGUCAGCGAAGCCAAGAAGACUCCACCGCCUACCCAGACGAGUCAAGAAGUUCACAGCUCACAGAAAAAACGUCUCAGCCAUGUGCAGGUCACGCCAAAGCGGUCCUCUGAACUUGGAUCCUCUGUUCAUGGCACACCAACGAUAUCCGUAGCAGCUGGGCCCCCAGAGGCCGAAGUCACCACUAUCCCAGAUGUGCCGCCUGAGCCAGAGAAAACAGCAGAGCCAGAACGUACGAGCCAGCCGACAACUACCCCAAGCCGCUCUUUCACCGAGCGCGUCAUCCUCACGCCGCGUAGUAUCAUCAAUCAGCUCAAGAGUCUCAAGGACUACCUAUUCAGUGCGCCACAGCUUGUACUGGGACGGGAAGAGGAGAGAGAGAUUGAUGACACCUUGUUUGAUAUCAGGAGGCAGGUCCUGAUUGCAGGGCUAAGGGGUAAUGACGGCGCUGAUGCGAAGAGCAAGGAAUGA